AUGUCACAGAUCUUAGGAUUUCAUCACAGUCCUCUGCUUUUAAGACAUUCUGACUCAGUUAGUGAUUCCAAUGGUAAAGCCAUCCCUUGCAGGGCUUUACUAGACUGUGGCAGUGAAGCCAGCUUUAUUAGUGAAGAGUGUGUCAGUAAACUAAAGAUAGGUAGAUUUAACAAAAAAAUUGAAGUAUCGUGCCUUGGUUCGUUCAACACUGUAACAAGUGGAGAAGUGGAAUUAAUUUUUACCCCGCACUUUGAGUCAAAUUCCAAAUUUCGAACAUAUGCAUUCGUGAUUCCAAGGAUAACUUCAGAUGUGCCUAACGUGUCGCUUCCUUCUAAAAUUGCGAAUCAUUUUGACGAUCUAGUCUUAGCUGAUCCUAAGUUCUAUGAAAGAAAACCUAUAGAUAUUUUGUUAGGUGUAAAUGUAUUUUUUACUAUGCUUAAGGGAGACAUCAUAAAGAGAGGAGAAUCAAUGCCCUUUGCAAUUUGUUCUCAGUUGGGUUGGAUCAUUUCCGGGAACACUAUUACUGAUGAUUCGAAUCUAACUAACACUUUUACAGUGAAUAAUCUUCAGUUGAAUACAGACGAAUUAGUUGAAAGAUUUUGGUCUUUAUACUCCAUUCCGGAAGUCAAACGUAUUUCAAGUGAAGAUAAAAAAUGUGAAGAGUUCUUUAAAACAACAAACUUCCGUGAUCAAAAUGGUCGUUAUGUAGUGAAACUUCCAUUUAAAGAUAACCCUUCAAGGCUGGGUUAA